AAUUGUUACUAAAAUAAGCGUCAUCACUAUGGAAAAUGGAAUGGAUAUGGCCGACCUUGUCAUUCUUGCCUCAAUUGCUGUCCUGACUGCCGGCUUCUUUGCCUGGCGAAAUGGCUGCUCUGUAUUUGGCUUGUUUGAUAAUGCAGACAAGACUCCUUCCAGCGUAAAUGGCAAAGCUGCACCUCCCACUACUGGCACUAUGAGCCUUGAUAAAGCAACGCCAGCCUCGUCAUCAAAGAAGUCUCUCAUAAAAGAGGCAUCUGCACUUACUAAUGGUAACGGCCGCUUGUUUGUGAUUUUUGGAUCACAAACGGGUACAGCUGAAGAUCUUGCCACUCGUUUUGUCAAGGAAGCAUCGGAUGCUCUUGGAAUCUCCGCGUUGAUUUGUGACCCAGAAGAAUAUGAUUUGUCCGAGCUGGCAAAUUGGAGAUCCGAUGGUCAUAAAGACCUGUUUGGAUUUUUUUUUUCCACUUAUGGUGAGGGUGAACCUACUGACAAUGCAGCCGACUUUUACACAUGGCUGAUGAGUGGAAAAGGUAUUGGCUUGGAUGACACUGAGACUGACGAGGAAGACGCCAUGGUCGAGUCGCAAGCAUUGGCCGGGCUUGGCUAUUUCGUGUUUGCUCUUGGAAACAAAACAUACGAACAUUACAAUGCUAUUGGCCGCCGUAUUGAUAAACGAAUAACGAAACUUGGAGGUAUGCGUGUCGGAGAGCGUGGUGAAGGAGAUGAUGAUAAAAGUCUUGAAGAAGAUUUUUUGGCUUGGAAGUCAAACAUGAUAGCUGCAAUAGCGAAAUACUACGGAGUCAAUGCUACAUCUUCAAAAAGCAUGCGUGAUUGCCCUCAUGUUCCUGUAUUUGAUGUUGUCAGUGUACCUGAUGCCGAAUCCGUUUUCUCUGGUGAGCACUCGGCAUCACAUGUUCGUACAUGGACUCCUAGUGGCAGCGAUCUUGAUGGAUUCGAAAUUCUUUUCAACCAAGUAUAUAAAGAAAACAAACCUGCAACUGUGUUUGAUGCUAAACAUCCUUUUUACAGCAGAAUUGUAGCCAGCAAAACGCUUUUUCACAAAGCAUAUGAUACAAUUGAAUUUUCCGGCAAACAGAUGACUACUGAUAAUCCACCGUUUUGGACUGUAUCGGGAUCCAAAAUAUCUAUCCAACGUGAAUGCUAUCAUAUGGAAUUUGAUCUUACUGGGUCUGGAUUGGUGUACCACACUGGUGAUCAUGUUGGUGUAUGGGCAGACAACAAUCCAGUGACCGUGAAUCGUCUUGCAGCUGCUUUGGAUAUAAAAGAUCUUGACCGUGUGAUUGAUCUUAUACCACAUCCCAACAAUCCGUUGCAGAAUACCAAAAAGCCUUUUCCACUACCAUGUACACUUCGUGCAGCAUUCACAUACUAUCUUGAUCUAUCUGAAGUUUUAAAACAAUACCACCUUGAAACACUAGGCAAGUAUGCUUCUGAUGAAUCCGAAAAGCAGCGACUGUUUGAACUCUCUGAGGAUCGUCAAAAGUACGUCGAUAUUGUGCAAAAUGGAUGCAAAAAUCUUGCAGAAAUUCUCGAAGAAUUCAAGUCAGUCAAGGUUCCUCUCGGAGUUGUUCUUUUUGAGCUGCUAUCUCGAGUUGCAGUUCGAUAUUACUCAAUCUCUUCCUCAUCUGCUGAAACUCCUGAAAAGUUGACCAUCACUGCAGUACUUGUAAGGUAUGCAAUCGCAUCAGCCCCUGCACUGUCUGAUAGCAAGCAAAAAUCAAAGGUGGUAGUAAAGGAAGGUUUGGCCACAUCGUGUCUGCAACGUAAGCAUCUGUCAGGAAUCAUUGGUGAUACAAACAUUGAUUCGUUUGCAGAUACAGACAAGCACUGCAGUGUUCCUACCCAUUACUUGCCCAUUUGCAUCCGCACAUCCACGUUUCGCCUUCCUGCCGAUACAACUACACCGGUGAUGAUGGUUGGGCCAGGUACAGGCGUAGCACCUUUUCGUGCCUUUGUUAUCGAACGAGUUUUGGCAGCCAAGCAAGGCAAAGUGGUUGGUUCUACAUGGCUUUUUAAUGGCUGUCGUCGCAAGGCAGAAGAUGAUCUGUAUCAUGAAGAAUUUGCAAAACUGCAACAAAUGUGCAAGACUGAGAAUCUAAAGAUUGAUUUACGUAUCCACACUGCCUAUUCGCGAGAUACUGCACAAAAGGUCUAUGUGCAGCAUCUGUUGGCCCAACACAGUGAUGAAAUCUGGGAUUUGCUGUAUACUCGACGUGGGUAUUUUUACAUCUGUGGUGAUGCAAAGUACAUGGCACAUGAUGUAUCGAAAGCACUUGGCACGAUUGCAGAGAAGACAGGAGGAAUGGCAGAAGAGGGAGGCAAGCAAUGGCUCAAGGAUAUCAAGACCAGCGGUCGCUACUUUGAAGAUGUUUGGUCGUGAGAGAAUGAAGUUUAUAAAUGAACUGGUUUGGUAUAUUAG